AUGAUUUGGCAAGAGAAUAUUGAAUAUGUUCUUAUGUUGACAAAUCUUGUAGAGAAUGGAAAGUUAGCAUCUGCAAGGACAAUCAACCAGUUUCAUUACACGGCUUGGCCAGACCACGGUACCCCAGAAGAGAUAGGACUUGUUCAAUUUCAUAGAGCUGUUACCAAAAAAUGGAAGUCUGAAUCUCCCUUACUGGUUCACUGCAGUGCUGGAGUAGGCAGAACAGGGACAUAUAUUGGUCUGAAUGUGUUACUCCAACAAGGGAGGCAAACGGGGCGGAUCAAUGUAUUUGAGUUCGUGAAGCAAAUGAGAGAAGAUCGUAUGACCAUGGUCCAAACAGUGGAACAGUAUGUGUUUUUGCAUAAAGCCUUACUCUGUGGAUUUCAAGAUAUAGAGACUGUGAUAUCGGAACGUGACCUUCAAGCAAAAGUACACACUCCUCUAAAGGAAGCCUCGCCUUUUAAUCAACAAAAGCUGAACAAAGAGUUUCGGUUGUUGUUGGCUUUGAAACCGAUUUUUGAUACUGAGACGAAAGAAGAUGCUGUGAAACCCGCGAACCGAGCAAAAAAUGUAGAUAUGGAUAUUUUGCCAGCAUCAGAACAUCGACCUUACUUAACAACCUAUGUAAGAGGAAGAAAUGAUUAUAUCAAUGCAGUCUUCGUUUCCACUUUUACAAAUCCAUAUGGAUUCAUUUUGACCCAGAAACCUCUUACAGAUACAGUGGUUGAUUUGUGGAGAUUGUGCAGGGACCAUGACGUUGAAUCCGUGGUGAUUCUGAAUGAUGAUGGCGUGGGACCUAACUGGCUGCCUAAUGGAGGAAAAACGCUACAGUGUAAACCUUUUACCAUAGCUGCUAAAAAUGCCGGGUUUGAUAGUGACGGUAUCCGACAAGAUCGUCUUCUUAUAUCGACAGAUGAUUACAAAUCGUACAUUGACGUCUUCCAAAUACUAUCUGAGAAUGAUGAUGCUUUACUGAAAGGUGCAAAAAUACUUCUAGAGAAAGGAAAUACGUCAACAUCUCUUGUCAUAAGCAGUAAUGGUGCUGGAUCAGCAGGAAUAUUUUGUGUUUUACAUAACGCCCUUCAACAACUUCAAAUGGACGGAGAAGUGGACAUAUUUACAAGAGUCCGUCAGAUACAGACUAGGAGACCAGAAGUCAUCACAACGCUUGAAGAGUACCGGAAGUGUUAUCAAUUACUUGGUGGAUCUCUUUCAUCGGAGGGGAUAUAUGUUAAUUUUUGAGGAGUG